CCUUUCAAACCUCUGAUUUUUUCGACGAGACAGCUCACCCUCCUCACCCACCCUCGCACGACGAACCGCAUACGCUCGCGAAUCGACCUUUUCGGUAUCUCGAUCAAUCCAUCGUUUAGCAAGCCUGACAUCAGCUAUCUGUAUCACGCAUCACUCCACCUGUAUCAUCGCCCCCCAGCCAACUAAAGUCGCGUGCCGUCGCCAAAACCCACACACCAUCUUUCGUGACUUGUCCACGAGAGAUCGAUCAGCAAAUCCCGAACUAAAAAAAAACAUAUCAGCCCACCACACCUGCGCGUGGCUUGCUUUGCCUUGCUUGCACCCCUCCGAAUCUUUGCUCGACCUCAACACAUACUUUUGAGCAUCAUCACCCGCUAUGCCUUCGAAUCUACCAUCGAGCUUUGCCUCGGCCGCCGCCGGCCAAAACUCCAGCCGUGACGCGAGAACCGGUCGCCCCGACGGUCGCGGAGCCGGUAGUGGGGAAUGGGCUCGACGUGACGGCAGAGCUAACGGCACCCUGACCUUCCGACGAUCCUCAGUGACACCCGGCCACCCGUCCCAAUCCGCAGCAUCGUCCGAAAACGCCUUCCCCGCCACCUCCCUCGAAUCUGCUGCACCUCCCCAGACGCCGGGAGCCGCGACGUACGACUACCCAGCUCCUUCACAGUACCAGAAGGAGUCGAUUCUUGGUGUUUUCAAGCAAGGGGCGGCGGAAAUAGACACUGCCAACGUAUCCCGCCGCCUGUUGGAACCCACGGGGGAUGGCCAUCCCGUCGGCGUCAAUGGCUUGUCUGAAGAGGAGAAGGAGGCAUUCGCAUCUGAUGUCAACUCUCCUCUGAAGGCGCCUAUUCAAAAACAGGAGGGAAACCAGGGUACUGGAACGAAUGGAAGGAAGCCCUCUCUGUCGCAUGGUAGUGCUGCAGGAUACGGAUUGGCAUCGCCGUCGUCUGCCUCCCGACCCGGAACCCGACGCCGAGAGACGACCGACUCCAAUCCAUUCGGCACCGGUGCGCUUGCGUCUCCGAGCGCGGCGCGUUUUGCCCGCGGCGACGACGCUUUCUUGUUCGGUCGCAAGAACAACGACGUCAAGGAGCAGGACCCUGGCGAGGACGAAGGCGCUGGACAGCCGCAGAACCAGGCACAGCCCAAGCCACCCUACGGAAACCUGACGCGUAGCAACACGACUGGUAACCCUAGCAUGGGCGCCAACAUCAGUUCACUCUGGGGGGCCUCUUCUCACACCUCUGUACCUGGUGGUAGUGGCGGUGGUAGCAGUAGCAGUGGUGGUGGUAUGGGUAGUUUCGGCCAGUUCGCUCUGCCAACUCCUACUUCGACCAUCGGUACAGGCAGCCGUGGCGGAAGCCGCUUCGCCAACCUCAUGAACAAAGAAGGAUCCGACAACACCUCCGGCAAGACGAAUGAGGCCUCAACCCCCGACGCGACCCGAUCCUGGCGUUCUCGACCCCGCACUGACACCGAUCCCUUUGGAGGCGACGACAACCUCUCCGGCAGCGCCGCACUCGGCGGUGCUCAAGACACCAGCCCUCCUCCGAUCCCGAACCCCAGCAAUAUCGGCAUGUUCGAGACACCCGUCAAGGGCUCAACUGGCGACUUCGGCAUGUCUGGGCUGAACCUCGGACACCAAGCCGAGAACGAGCAAGGCCCUGCGAGCCCGUCCGAGACGAACCCCUACCGCAGCCCUCCGGCCGACCGUAGCGAAUCCCAUGAUGAAGGUGGCGCCGAGAAGCCCCAUGGAACGACCAUUGGCGGCGAGCAGAACCCCGCAUUCAACACCAUGUCGUCGCGUGGCUUCCCUACCCAUGCUUUUGACGGCAGCGAUCGUAGUCAGACUAGCAGCGCUGGCCCCCGGGGCUAUGCCUCUGGCUGGCCUGUUCCCAUGUCUACUGGCACCCCUGAUCGCGAGCGCGCUGGCUUUGGCGGAGUUUUUGGAAAUUCCCUCUUCAGUCCCAUGGGCACCGAGCUUCAGUCGCCGGGCUUGUCGAGCAUCGGCGCUGGUGUGUUUGGCCCUGCUAGUGCUGGUGGUCUUGGUGGAGCCGGAACCAUUGGCCGCAGCAAGCUGGGUUCCCUGUUUCCUCCGGCGAUGCAGGCUCAGAUGCAAGGCCACGAGCAGGAGAACUUGGGCGACGCGCUGCCCGACCUUCGUCAGAGCAACCCUCUAGGUGCCAUCGGUCGGAACAACUUCAAUGCAGUGCCACGAGACGCUGGCAGCCCGCUUCGAACUGGCAGAGGCGGUGUGUUCGAGGAGAUGUUCCCCUCCGAUCCUACCCGUUCCCACAGCGUUUUCGGCGGCUCCGAUCCCUCCCACCCCGGAGCUCCCGGUGUAGGUCACCCUCAGGCAUUCACCCCCGGGGCUUCGACCGGCACCGAGUUUGGUUCUGCCCCGGUUCGUCAGAUGGUCAUGCCCGACCGUAUGCGCUGGGUUUACCUUGAUCCUCAGGGUCAUGUCCAAGGCCCCUUCAGUGGUCUCGAGAUGAACGACUGGUACAAGGCCAACUUCUUCACACCCGACCUCCGCGUCAAAAAGGUGGAGGACUCCGAUUUCGAACCCCUGGGCCAGCUUAUUCGAAGAAUCGGCAACUCGCGCGAGCCCUUCCUUGUCCCUCAAAUCGGCAUUGCUCACGGCCCUCCAUCCCAGGCCGGCCCCUUCUCGCCGAGCGGCAACGCCGGUGUCAUCCCUCCCCUCAGCGGGGUGUUCCCGAGCUUCGGGAGAACGCUGACCGCCGAGGAACAGAAUAACCUAGAGCGUAGGAAGCAGGAAGAACAGCAGGCGAUGGCCCAACAGCGCGACUUCAUGAUGAGGCAGCAGGCGAUCACUAGACUGCAAAGUCAAGGCCCAGGUGGUGUCCCAGGUUCCUUGCACCACCAGCACAGCGCUCACAGCCUGCAGAGCCAACCUAGCUUCGGUAGCAUUUCGUCGCCAAUCGGUGCUCAUCCCCAGCAGCCGCCUAUCGGAGGUGGCGUUGGCCCCACGUCCAGUUUCUUCGAUGCGGCCGCCCAGCAAGCGUCAGCCCAGCCACCUGUUGGUGCUGGACUCGAUCAUUUUCGUGAAGAAGACCUUGCGACGCUGAACCCGAGCGAACGCCAAAUGCUUGCCAGUGUACAGGCCCCGAACAGCAUCGCCAGCAUCUUUAACCAGCAGCCCGUCGGUGCUCAUGCCAACGACAACAACCUCCGCAACAACCUUCCGGGAACCGAGCAGUUGGAUAAGGACGAGGAAGGAUUUCGUGAGCGAUUGAAGGAGUUUGAGGAUAUCCGUGCCGAGCGUGAUUCGGAGCAGGCCCAAGAGUCUGGUAAAAAGACCAACCAAGAUGAUGGCAGCCAGGAGGUCCCCGCUGCCACUGGUUCGGAGACAAGCUCCAAGGAGAACCACAAGCCAUCGGCCCCAGGCAUGAAGGAGAUCAUGGAGCAGCAGGAGCAGCUGUCUCUAACUCAGAGAGUUCAGCAGGCACAGGCUGCUGCCGAGGCUGCCAAGAACGCGGCUGCUGGCUUUCCCAUGCCGUUCCCUCCCCCUGUCCCCACGGCUGGCACUCCUCUUCCCGCCCCGACCGCUCAGCGUGUCCGGUCCAAUCUACCCGAACAGUACAGCCGAUCCCAGACUGGAACCCCCGACACCGGGUCAGCCACUGAGCCCCCACCUUUGGCUCCAUGGGCCAAGGAAGCUGCUAGCCGCAAGGGUCCCAGCCUCAAGGAGAUCCAGGAGGCCGAAGCUCGUAAGGCUGCCAAGGCCGAGGAGGCUGCUGCCGAGCGCCGCCGCGUGGCUUUGGAGCAAGAGGCCGCUGCCCUCAGAGAGCGCGAGAAGGCCGUCGCUUCCGCCACAGGGCUUCCUACGACUAGCACCUGGGGCAACGGCUCACCCGUUGCAGCUGCCAGCCCCUGGACGAAGCCCGCGUCCGUCAAGCCCACCCCGGGCGCCAGCACUCCCGGAAAACAAAAGACUCUUGCAGACAUCCAGCGUGAGGAGGAGAACAGGAAGGCCAAGGCGGCAAAGGAGGUUGCCGUCCAAACGGGAUUGGCCACUGCGGCGGCCGGCAAGCGUUAUGCUGACCUCGCUACCAAGCCCAACAAUGCCCCCGGUCUUGGGCAGACCAACUCGCCUGCCCCUCCCCCAGGUAGCGGUUGGGCCAUGGUCGGCGCUGGCGGCUACCCCGGCGGCGACGAAGCCGGCUGUCAAGCCUCCCCGGCUGCUGCCCCUGCUGGACCUGCCAAGAGCGAUGUUGCCAUGGAUGAGUUCAACAAAUGGCUCCACCGCGAGCUAUCCCGUGGAAUUACUGGUGUCGACAUUGAUACUUUCGCUGCUACCCUCCAAAUCCUCCCUCUCGACAACACCAUCAUUGCCGAUGCAGUGUAUGCCAAUUCCAAGACCAUGCACGGUCUCCACUUUGCCGAAGAGUUCAUCCGGCGCAAGAAGUUGGCCGAGAAGGGUGUGGUCGAGAAGCAAGGCGCCGUCACGGACAGCAAGUCUGGCAGCUGGAACGAGGUAGCCAAGAAGGGCGGCCACAAGGAGCAGUCUCCCGCCAGUGCGGCUGCGGGAGACGCUGGUAUCCAAGGCGCCAGUUUCAAGGUAGUCCCGACGCGCAAGAAGGCGGGCAAGAAGGGCAACUGAAGACAAUGAAUGGUCAGGAGCUCCACGGGGGCAUGCGCAGCGGCGAAUUUGAUGGCUGAGGCUGUAACGAUGUAAUUGCCAAGCGGGACGAUGCCCUGACGAUGUUCGGACGGCGAGUUUACUUCUGGAUGGAUUACUGCCAUUGGGCCAUAGCGUCAACAUGUAGCGCUAAAUGCAAGCGAUAGGUAGCAUGUCAGCAAGCAGUGAUAUCAUUUUUGAGCGUGCUUUGCGAUGUGAUGAAUGAACCGGGCAAAAUCUGCACCACGGAUAAAACGAAGAAAGGAUUAAAUGAGACGAGGCAAUUAGGGAAGCAAGGUAAUGAAUGAGUGAAUGAAAGGUAAGCGAAUGGAAGGUAA